GAGCAUGUGAGAGCUGGAGACAGAGAAGGAGGAUUGCUGCAGGACGUGUGGGACUAGCAGUUGGAGAUCAUGUCUGGACCAGAUUCUGAUGAUGACAGAACCUUCAAAGACUUGAAUGUUGUGGGAAUGCUUCAUCAGUUUUGGGAGCAGAAACAAGUGAAAGGCAUGAUGAUGGAGACAGACAAUCUGGUAGUCUAUGAGUCCAUUCCCUCACCCAGCCCUCCCUACAUAUGCUACGUCACCUUACCAGGUGGCAGCUGCUUUGGAAAUUUUAAGUACUGCUACAGUAAAGCAGAGGCCAGACGUGACGCAGCUCGUAUCGCUCUGAUGAACUCCACAUUUAAUGAGUUGCCCUGCCGCCGUAUCACUCCUGAGUUCAUAUCACGCAGUGUGAAAGAAGCCGUCAGCACCACCAACGGUAACAUUGCAGAUGCGUCUGACCCUGGUACCAGUAUAGGAGCGUACUGUCUCAUGCUGGAGCUGAACACUGGGAAAACCAUGCUGGAAUUUCAGGAAAUAAUGACAGUUUUUCAACUUUUGCACUGGAAUGGCACUCUGAAGGCUUUUCGGGAGAUGAGAUGUAGCCGUCAGGACGUGAUCCACUACUACUCCCAGCAGCGUCUGGACGAGCGUACGCGCAGCCACAUGGCACUGGACUGGUUACAGAAGGAGCAGCAAUCCCCCGGCUUGCUCUCCCAGGAGCUGCAGCUGGCCGUGAAGGAGCUGGGAGAGGCCGGGCGAACAGGCAGGGAACUCCGCUUCUACAAGGAGAAGAAAGAAAUCCUGAGCUUAGCUCUUAGUCACGCUAAUGCUGAGGAUCUGGAGGGCUACCCCAGUGAGGAGAUGUCCUGGAGAGAAGAGACUGAGUUUGAGUUCUACACUCAGGAGGGACACUGUCUGGAGGGGAGUAUGACCGAUCCUUCAGAGCACUGCCAGUUUCACUCUCAGGAGAGCGAUAGAGAAUCAGUGGAGUGA